AGAACCUUCAUCCAAAAGAAACCUUUGCUGAAGAUGGACGCUUCCUCCUAAGGACAACAUGUUUAUUUUGGCAUAGUGUAAGUGCAUCCAUAGCCACAUAACACAGAGUUCCAAUACACAGACAAAGGUUCCAUCAUGGGAAAUUGUCACGGUAGCUGCAAUUACUCGGAGCGAUUUCCUCUGGGCGAUUCUUCCGUGGCUGUAUUACGCAGAACUAAGAACCACAAAGGGCAUGAAGUUGAGGACACUUGGAAAGCUGAUUAUUACUCAUUUGGAAAGAGAAGUUGCGAAUACGAGUUGACCAAAACCAACCGCAGCAAGCGUGAAGAAGAGAUAUCCAUCUCUAUCUGUGACCAUGUAUCAAACAAUGGCAAGGACGACGUUGAUUUUCAUAUGGACAUGAGAGUGGAAGAAGGUCUUGUUUUAGCAAAUCUUACUCUAAACGGACCCAGAUACCUGCAGCAACUCCCCGAGAGGAAAACCCCUAUGGCGCAAGGUGGGGUUUUCAAGUCCUCCUCCUUCUUAUACGGACGUGACAAUGACCGAAAGGGUCUUAUUGUCGUUUUAAGGGCAAAGAGAAGAGAUAACGAUAACGAGCUUCCUUACAUGAUGACUGUAAAGCACUAUUUUGUUUCUCCGUGGUGUUCUCAUGGCGUCUCUCUUCAGGCCAAGAUUCGCAGUGAUCGGAGUGAUGGAGGUUUGAGUUUUGAGAUUGAAAAGCCUUACAUGCAGUCCAAACGUGAGUUGUUGAGCAUAAUUGAUGGUGUUAAAGGAAAAGGGUGGUGCCCUAAUCCUACUAUUUCUGAUUUUCCGAUGGAGCUUUCCAGCAAAAGUAAUGGUAAUAAUGUCCCUGCCAUUAGCUUUGGGGGAAAGAACAAUAGUUCAGAUGCUGUUCCGGCCUUUUACACCAUUAGCGGCAAGCAAAACAUCACGUCCCUUAUAAGCUCAAGUGGAUGGACUGAAGGCAAUUAUAACAGUUCUCUCAUAUUUCAGGACUGUGAAUUUUAUGAAGAAGCCGUUGGUACUCUGAAGAGAUCCCCGUGAGUUGCUAGCACGGCACAGGUGUAAAACAAAACUCGAAUCGCAGACAAGCCACAAGUGGAAUUUUUGUUCUCUCUGUUGAUUCUUCCUUAUCUCGUAGCACAUUUGCUUGCUUUCUUUGAACGCGAAGAAUAUGAUCGUGUCACUUUCACCUAAGAUUAUAUA